AUGAAAUCGUUAAUUUUAUAUUUAAAAAUUACUACAUUCCUUCUUUUAAUUUGGAUGUAUCAAUGUUUUUAUAACUGUGAUUGCAAUAAAUCUUUUAUUGAUAAAAAUAUAUUGCAAACAAAAAAUAAGUUAAAAUAUGAAAGAGUAUUAACAGAGGGUGAUAUAGCAGGAAAAAUGCAAACCUACUCGGAAGGAUACCUAGAAGAAUGUUCAUUAGAUAAUAAAAAAAACAAAAGGGAAAAUCCGGUUCAAAACGAGAAUCCGCGCGAUCGAUGGCAGAGAAAAACUAAUCCGUUAUUCAGGAAAAUAUUUGAUAAAAAAACAAGUGAAAUGGACCCUAAAUGGAGAGACCAAAAAUGGAAUAAUGAAUGGAAUAAAAUUUCAGCUAACAAGGUUAAUGAACUAUCUGAAAUAUUUCAUCGAAGUGAUAUAUCAGAAGAAGAAAAAAAAAAAUUAAUUCGUAGUGUUAAGGAUGAACUCGACACAGAAUUUGCGAAAUUUUUAGUUGAAUGUAAGAAUGAGAUGAAAGACAAUAAAGGAGAAUCCAAAUCUAAGAAAGAGAUGAUAGACAAUAAAACAGAAUCCAAAUCUAAGAAAGAGAUGAUAAGGAUUUAA